AUGGCAAACUACUCAUCCCCCUACGGGUCGACUCCCGGCGAGGAGUACUACUACACCCAGGAACGAUACCAGUCGGCAACCCCAACUCCCUCCCCUCGGGGCCCCUCAUCCUACUACUACCCCGGCGCCACGCCCCAAAGGCCGGCCACCCGCGCCCACUUCCGCAACCCCAGCGAGUUCAGUCCCCGUCCGCCGACGGCGUCGCCUCGAUACACGAGCGAUGGCUACUAUGCCACGGCAAAUGUGAGUAGUGGUCAUCAUUCGCGCAAGCAUUCAUGGGCCACUCCGUCGCAACCAAAGCGCGAGCGCCGAUCUUCUUAUGUUUAUGUACGGGCCUCGACGCCCCACGGAGAAUCCGACGAGGACGAGGUCAUCGAGGUGGAUGGCCGUACCUACGUGCUUCAGGCACAGUCGCGCCAGAGGGCAAAGAGGCAUUCCGUUCAAGACACUUAUCAUUAUCAAGACGCCUGGAGAGGAUAUGCAACUGAUUACCACCACCCCACACAGAGCGGAUUCGCCUACAUUGAGCGCGAGGCCCAGCCCUAUGACCCGCGCGCCCCUCGCCCCGCGGCCAGCACCCAUGCCCGUCGUUCCUCGGCUUCGGUGCCCCAGCGGCCAUCCACCACCCGUCCCGCCAGCUCUCACGCCAAGAAGCCCCCUCCGCCUCGUCAGGCCAACGAGCUGGAUGCCAAGAAGCACAAGAUCCCUCCCGGUUACUCCCUCAAGAACUGGGACCCCACCGAGGAGCCCAUCCUCCUGCUUGGCAGUGUCUUCGACUCCAACUCCCUGGGCAAGUGGAUCUACGAUUGGACCGUCUACCACCACGGACCUGCCACCCCCAUCUCAGACAUGGCAGGCGAGCUCUGGCUGUUGCUAAUCCAGUUGGCCGGCAAGAUCAAGCGUGCCGAGGAGACGGUCGAACGCGUCCGCUGCAAGGAGAACAGGGAACUUAUCGAUGACUUUAUUGAAUCGGGCGAGCGCCUCACUGACAAGCUCCGCAAGCUGCUGAAGACGUGCGAGUCGCCCAUGCUGAAGGCCGCCAGCAAAAAGGGUAACUCCCAGCUCGGCAAGAACGCCGGUGUCGAGUUCGUCGAGACUCUGUUUGGCCGUGAGCGUGAGCUGGACAAGACGGAGCGCUUCAUGCAGGGUGUCCGUCUCUUCAACCUGAGAUUCGACGCCAACUGUGAGGACAUUCUCCGGAACCCGACCAAAUAG